AAGUAAAGUUUAAAGUAGUAAACAGACAACAGGGCAGCCGAUUAGACUAUUAUUUAUUAAAGUUAAAAUUUAAAUCUAACUCGAACUACCAACUACGAAACGAACUAGGAAGUACGAACUGUCAACUGUGAGUGAGUUAAAUCAAAUAUUUGGUGGGUUUUUGACUGUUGAGUGACAUAAACAUUUAGGAAUUACUUGGGAGACGAAUUUGUUAUUGCACCUUUACUAGGCUAGGAUUUACUGCGGGUACAACUGCCCAUUGCCAAAAAAAUUAAUUAAUUAAAAUGAAAAAAUACACGCAAUAGCAACAAAAAAAAACAACUACCAAAAUAUUUAUAGGUUAACUUAAGGGGUGACAUUUUUGGCACUUCUUAACUUCAGAAACCCCAUUUGAGCUGACUAAAAUAUAAAUAUAAAAAUGGAAACCCCUCCUGUGAUUUCAAAAACGACUGUAUCAAAAUCUUUAACAAAACUUUCACUCACUCCUUGCAGAAGAGUUGGUUUGGGUCGGCCGUCUUCAGGUAGUUUACAAAAGAUUGCACAAGUAAGAACAGCUAAUACUCCAUUACAUAUUUCUUCAAUUUCCUCAAGAGAAAAUAGUUCAUCUAUAACUCAAAAUAAAACAAAUUCAACACCUGUCCAAGAUUUAAACCCCCACAGUGUUACUCACAAACAUAGUUUUGGACUAAAUAAAAACUUUACCAGAGUUAGGCGAUGUUUGACUCAAGAUAUCAAAAGGAAUAGUGAAGAGAGUGAAUUGGAAACUGGUUAUUCUCUGAAUGAAACUGAAUCAAAUGUAGGCAACUGCAGAAGAGAUACAAACCUUACGGAGAAGCCAGAGCUUAAAAGACUCAAAAUGUCAAAAUUUGAGUCUCCAAAUACAAACCAGUCAACUGCCAAUAAAAAAGAAAACCAAAGUUUAUUAGCUUUCAAGGUCUCUCCAAUUAAAGAAGACAUUUAUUCUAUUGGGCAAGAUGGAGACAUUCCUGAGAAAAUAAUGUUGCAGCUAAUGUCCUCCCUUUUAGAGAAAAAAAAUAAACUAGACCAACUUAAAGUGCAAGAUCUUUACUCCAAAAAGCACAACCUAGAAGAGUUGAGAGCUCAGUCAAAUAGAUGGAAAGCUGCAGGUCAGGACGCAUUGAGACACUGUGUAGCACUUGCUGAGAAAGCUGGAUACUCAAUAACAAUACUUCAACUUAUUGAACGACAUGGCUUUCCUGUUCAUCUCAUGGGAUACAACGCUGACGAUGAUGAGUUUGAAUAGUUUGAAGAACAGCAUCAGACUGUACUUGCCUGACUUAAAUCAGCUGAACAAGGGAAGCAAGGAAUUGGUUUACUUGGUGCUGCUGUUGGAUAAUGUGUUAAGAGUAUAACUACCUUGUUGGACUGAAAUUUGAAUUAUAAACGAGAAUUUAACUUCACUAAUUAGUAAUUAAGGAACCAUACAAUAUGUUAUAGGCUAAAAUCUCCUAUUUGGAGAAAAAAAUCCUGUUUUUUUAGGGGAUUUUGUUACUAUUUUUUCUGUUACAUGUUCCUAUGUUUUGUUUAUAUGUUGUUGUUGGACAUAAAUUUGUUGUAAUAGUAAUACAUAUUAUUUAAUUACCCCUACUAUAUGGUACUCUCCAAUUAUGAGAAAAUGUAUUAUUUGUUUU